AAAAUGUAUAAUUUUUUAUGUCAGUUCAUACGUUUAGUUUGACAGAAGACGGACAUACGGACUUAAACCCUAUCGUUCAUGGAGACCUCACUGGUUUGCAAGAACAACGUCCUCAUUGAUAGUGAAAGAAAGGCGUAUCUUGCCGAUUUUGGCCUUUCUGGAACUUUUAAAAAGUUGGCUGGCAUGACAUACCUCGCGAGGAUGAGCUGUCAUCCAGGAGCAGUGAGAUGGACAGCUCCUGAAAUUCUCUCUGGAGAAGAAUCAGCUUCUGCAGCCACCACUCAAAGUGAUAUGUACUCCUUUGGUAGUAUCAUGCUCCAAGUUUUAACGGGAGACAUUCCUUGGCGUCACUUGGCCAACAACAUUGCAGUCUCGCUGAAAGUGGUUGAAGGGAGAAUACAUCCUCGUCCGGAUGACUGUUUUGUCACUGGCCAGCAAUGGGAUUUUAUGACAUGUUGCUGGUCUACUACGCCCAUUGAUCGUCCUCCUACUGAGGAAGCAGUUCAAUUUGUGGAUAGCGCUUUGUGCGCGAGCACGAGUCCCCAGACCCCGAGUUUGUCAAUCUCUAUCACCGCUUCUCCAUUAAUUCUGACGGAUUAUACUUCCCCGAGCACGAGUCCGCAGACCCCCAGCUCGUCGAUCUCUAGCGACGAGCAAUCCCCGGGUAUGGCCCGUAAUCAGUAUCUUCGUGGGGACACUGACACUCGACUUCCCGUGAUGCAGGACAUUGAUUCAUCAUUGGACGCUCGGGAAAAUUAUCCUGGGGUUAUGCUGCCUACGUAUCCUUCCACUACUUAUACGACUAGCUUAGAUCCAUCACGGACGCAAUCAAUCCUGCCUCGACCUCACACCAGCGACUUCUCUGCAAUGUACCAUGCAUACUUCCCGGAUGAAGACGAUAAUAACGCAUUAUUGCAACACUACAUGCACCAUGUUCUCCGUACCCAGUAUUUGCAUGCCGACUGGUCCAUUGAUACACUCAUAUGGAAUCUCAUACACUCCAGUGAUUCAGCCCGAGAGGCUGCAUGUUUGCUUGCGGAUUUGCACCGCAAGAGCACCCAAGGUGCAAUUGGUUUCACUGCGCCAACAGACCAUGAUGUGUACGCACGCAUACGAAGUGUACCAGUAAUACCAGUGACGGAAGGAGACGCUUUUGCAAGCCUUUGCAUGGUUUCCUAUUUCAUCUUCUCUAGGGGACAAGGGCAGUGGCAAGCGUUCCUCGACAGCGCUUGCAAAUUUUCCAUCAAAGUUCUCCAGCGGAGACAUCAUGCGCCGGACUGGGCGCUGAGCUUAUGCAGUGACAGUAUGCAAUUUAUCAUCAAGACGUCCAUGUGGUUCGAUGUCCUUGCUUCUGCAACGCUGAGCCGUCGUCCCAAGUUCCUUGACGUGCUCCGUUCGCUCUAUGACCCCGCCACUGCCGUCGAUGAUGGCAGACCGGAGCUUUCCAUGAUGUGCGUCAUGGGAUGCGAGAACCACAUCGUCCUCGCCCUCGCUGAAAUCGCUAAUCUCGCAUGCUGGAAGGAUGAAUGCAGGCGUGUUGGGAGACUCAUCGUUCCCGAACUCGUCAGACGCGGGCAAAAUAUCGAAGCCAUCCUGCAAACUACCAAUGAUUCUGACCACCUCCAGGGCUUUGAAUCGGAGAAGUCACGCCGACGACGCCUCACAUCUGACGUAUUCCGCGCGUCCGCGCUUGUUUAUCUCCACUUCAUCAUCUCUGGGGAUCACCCACAAUGUCCAGAGAUUAUAAGCAACAUCGCAGAAACAGUCAAGUGUCUCAGGCGUGCUGAAGACGUCAGCACAGCACGCCAUAUUGUGCGCAGCGUCGUGUUCAGCAUAUGCAUAUGUGGCUGCUUAACGGAUGUCCCUCAAUAUCGCGAGUACUUCCUGCGAUGCCUGCUGGAGCAGCAGACGGAGACAGUGGGGAACUGUACUCGGGUUGCUGAACUUAUGAGAGAAGUGUGGAGGAGCCGAGAGCGAGGGGAGCCCGUGGACUGGCGUGUCGUCAUGCAGCAGUCCCAGAUGCUUCUUGUGUGAAGGCUAUUCUACGACACAUGGACUUUUACUUCCUGGCGCCUCAUUAUUUGCUAAAGUGUUCGGCAUGCCCCCAGU